UUGGAGGAUCACUUGCUCUGAUCAUACCAGCUCAUGUGGAUGCUUGUCUCCAAACUCCUGUCUCUGCUGGCAGACAUCUUAUUUGAAGAUUUGAAGUCAACAGCUCACAUCAAGCUCAUGAGCUUUUCAGUGACUUUAGCAGAAGGAUAUCCAAGAGCUGUAUUUAUGAUGUAACAUAUUGUGGCAUAGGUUGAGGAGCAUCGAAUAGUUUGAGAUAUUUUUUUCAUUCUCUUUGAAGUAACAACAGUGACCAAGUUAUUAGAAAAUAUUUUGGUUCUUGAGCUGUGUCUGUUGGGUUCUGCCACCACUCUGUGCGGAGCUUGGUCUGUGUUGGGAAUGGAUGACCUCUGUGAAGCAUUUAAGUGACUGGAUUGGUAACUGGGGAACACCUGUGAUAAACAAACAGCCUUUUUACCUGGCCGGUGAGGGCUGCUAAAUGCGUGCCCUUCAUACAGGUGUCACUCAGAACCAGGCAGCCACUAGGUGUAAAUCAGGAGUAUGUCCCCUGCUGAGAGCACAUGGAACAGCUUCAGCAUGGCUCUGGUUUGCAGUGGUGCUUCUUCAUGUCUCUCUGGCAGAGUAAAGGUGUCUCAAAGUAGUUUCAAUGGUGUGAAUGGAGCCAAAGUGGUGCAGAAGUCUGGGCAGAAUCCUCUGUCAGCUGUGAACUUCACUCCAGGGUAAGACCAGAUCUUUCCAGACAAUCCCUGUCAGACCUCUGACCUCUUACAGCCUCUGCUGCAUAGAUGAAGAGGCUCAAGGACAGCGUUUGAGUGAAGAACUGUGCAUUGCAAAGCAGGCUCCUCAAAAGAACACAAAAUACCACAGAGUGAACAUCUCGGGUGUUUUAUGCAGGUGAAAAAAACACUGAACAAACAGAAAACUACAGCAUUUUAAGUGCAUGGAACACUUGUAAUAGGAGUAAAUGGCGAACAAAUGGACCGUUUGAAGCACUGGGUUUGAUCACCUAAGAGGAGGGACUCCGCUGAGGAUACCGAGCAGAUUCCCUGUGGGUUAUCUCUGUCAUCUCAGACUCUUCCCUGAUAUGGAACAAAGUGAAGGUGAACAGGAAUCGCAGCCAGAGAGUCACGUGGAUAGCAAGAGCAGCGUGAAAUCCUUGCCUGGGGGAGCAGCCCAUGUCAAACUAGAGAUAAAAAAACAUGCAGUUACAGACGACUACAAACUCUCCAAACGGGUGCUAGGGUUAGGAAUCAAUGGCAAAGUACUGGAGUGUUUCAACAAGGAGACAGGCCAGAAAUGUGCUUUGAAGCUCCUGUAUGACAACCCAAAAGCCCGUCAGGAAGUAGAAUAUCAUUGGCGAGCAUCAGGGUGUCCCCACAUUGUCCAUGUCCUGGAUGUUUAUGAGAAUAUACAUCAUGGAAAGAGAUGCCUCCUCAUUGUCAUGGAAUGCAUGGAGGGAGGAGAGCUGUUCAGCAGGAUCCAGGAGAGAGGAGAUCAGGCUUUCACUGAGAGAGAGGCCUCUGAGAUAAUGAGAGACAUCGGAACAGCCAUCCAGUAUCUGCAUUCAAUGAACAUUGCCCAUAGAGACGUCAAGCCUGAAAACUUGCUUUACACGUCUAAAGAGAAGGAUACUGUACUCAAACUGACAGACUUCGGCUUUGCCAAAGAAACCACUGUACAAAAUGCGCUGCAGACCCCCUGUUACACUCCUUAUUAUGUGGCCCCAGAAGUCCUUGGUCCUGAGAAAUAUGACAAAUCAUGUGACAUGUGGUCAUUGGGUGUCAUCACAUAUAUUCUCCUGUGUGGGUUCCCUCCAUUCUACUCAAACACUGGUCAAGCCAUUUCGCCAGGGAUGAAGAGAAGAAUUCGGAUGGGGCAGUAUGGGUUUCCCAAUCCAGAGUGGGCUGAAGUAUCAGAGGAAGCCAAACAACUGAUUCGCCAUUUACUGAAGACUGACCCAACAGAGAGGAUGACAGUUUCUCAAUUCAUGAACCACCCUUGGAUUAACAGAUCAAUGGCAGUGCCACCAACUCCACUUCACACUGCACGGGUCCUGCAAGAGGAUAAAGACCACUGGGAUGAAGUUAAAGAGGAGAUGACCAGUGCUUUGGCUACCAUGAGGGUGGACUAUGAUCAGGGCGUGCAACUGGACAUGCAGUUGUAUACAAGAGACUGCCCUAGAAGAGAGACUUCUGAAAUUCGGGAAGAAGUGGCAAGUGCCUGUUCUCUGAAUGGACCCUGGUGUCUGCCAGCAUCCCUUCUGGCUCAGAAGAAUGUUAAAAGACAAAAAUGAAAACAAGGCUCCAGAGAGGAUCUGAACCAUCAAAUCUGGCUGCCACAUAAUCUUGUUACCUCCAACAAAGAUCACGUCGAGGCUUUGGAUCUUGUCUGGGGAGCCCUGUUCCCAUCUUCAGAGUGUUGGAUGAGACCUCCAUUCUUCUUUGUGAACUGGUCCUGGGGUUUUAUAAACUGAUUUUAAUAAAUUGUGUUACAACAUUC